AAAUGUCUCUUUCUCUCUGGUAAGUGGCGCGUGGAUGAUUCGGUGUCAAUACGCCCGAAGCUCCGCCCAUCGUUCUCUUCUUCCCUAUGUCACCAUUUCACCGUUACUCAGUAUAUAAACUUCUACGCACUCAAACUCCUUAUUCAAUCCCAGAUAUUCAGUUUUUCACUCUAAUUCAAACAAUGGGUCUCAGGAUGGUGGUGUUUAACUCGCUGGUGAAAACUAUAGGCGCACUGGUGUCUCAGCCAGUCGCCACCGUUGGGACACUGUUGUAUUACGGUGAUGUCCUCCCCCGUGACCUCUACGUGCGGCGGAUGGAGAUUCGCCGUGAAUUGCAUGAUCAGCCAGGAAAUUUUUUAUUCCAUUUUCUCUCCUGUUUCUUCAAGUGUUUUCUGUGAGUCGCCCGUCCCGCUGUCCUAAAUAAUUCCUCAGGCGGUUUUGUGUAGCUAGUAGUCUC